AUGGCCUGGCUGUCCCGUGUCCGUGUGCUCCGUGCCCCUGGUCAGCCAGGAUUCACAGGGAUUGACUCAGAGUACGAGAAGCCUGAAGCUCCUGAACUAGUGUUGAAAACGAACGUUGCAUCAGUGUCUGAAUGUAUCCAGCAGGUUGUGGAGCUCCUCCAAGCACAGAAUAUCGUUCCCUGGGGCUCAAUUAAGGACGUUCUUGAGCUGUUUGUGCCUGAAAAUAAGCUCAGCAGUGUCCGAGCUGAGGCAGAGAAGCUGCCAUCCGUGGAGAUCACUAAGCUGGAUCUGCAGUGGGUGCAGGUGCUGAGCGAAGGCUGGGCCACUCCGCUGAAGGGCUUCAUGCGUGAGGCAGAGUACCUGCAAGUGCUCCACUUUGGCACCCUGCUCAACGAUGGUGUGGUGAACCUGAGCAUCCCCAUCGUGCUGCCGGUGUCGGAGGAGGACAAGCAGCGGCUGGAGGGCUGCGAGGCGCUGGCGCUCAGCUUCCAGGGCCACAGGGUGGCCGUGCUCAGGAGCCCCGAGUUCUUCCAGCACAGGAAGGAGGAGCGCUGUGCCCGCGUCUGGGGCACCACCUGCCCCAGGCACCCCCACAUCCAGAUGGUGAUGGAGAGCGGAGACUGGCUGGUUGGGGGAGACCUCCUUGUCCUGGAGAAGAUCAAGUGGAACGAUGGGCUGGACCAGUACCGCCUCACCCCACGGGCUCUGAAGCAGAAGUUCAGGGAGAUGAAUGCUGACGCCGUCUUCGCGUUCCAGCUGCGCAACCCCGUGCACAACGGGCACGCCCUGCUCAUGCAGGACACGCGGCGCCAGCUCCUGCAGAGGGGCUACAAAAACCCUGUGCUCCUCCUGCACCCCCUGGGGGGCUGGACCAAGGAUGACGACGUGCCGCUGGAGUGGCGGAUGAAGCAGCACGCGGCCGUGCUGGAGGAGCAGGUCCUGGACCCCAAGUCGACCGUCGUGGCCAUCUUCCCCUCUCCCAUGCUCUACGCCGGCCCCACCGAGGUGCAGUGGCACUGCCGAGCCCGGAUGAUGGCGGGGGCCAACUUCUACAUCGUGGGGCGCGAUCCCGCAGGGAUGCCGCACCCCGACACCAAGAAGGACCUCUACGAGCCCACGCACGGCGGGAAGGUGCUCAGCAUGGCCCCAGGGCUCACCUCGGUGGAGAUCAUUCCCUUCAGGGUGGCUGCCUACAACAAGCUGAAAAGGGCCAUGGAUUUUUAUGACCCCAAAAGGCACGACGACUUUGACUUCAUCUCAGGAACACGCAUGAGGAAACUCGCUCGGGAAGGGGAGAACCCCCCGGACGGCUUCAUGGCCCCCAAGGCCUGGAAAGUCCUCACCACCUACUACCAGUCGCUGGAAAAGAAGAACUAACACUCGUCCUCCUCCUCCUCCCCAGAAAUACUUGUAUUAAGAGUGAGCAAUGAUUGAUUGAUUCCCUAUGACACAGAUCAGUUACUUGGCAUUUCCAGUGCUCUGACUGUGGGAUUUUCCUACCCAGGUCAGAGUGGUUUUUACUAAUCAGAAAUACUUUGAGCCUGGUCCUUCUCCCCUUGAAGCUGCUGGGAGCAUCCUUGUGGAGCUGGAAGGGAGAAGGGCAGCAGGUCCUUCGUUCCCAGCUGAGCCUGGUGGCAGGAAGCCCAGCACAGCCUCCAGAUGGGCCACACGGAUAUUUUGGUGCUGCCGGGGCCACGCACCGGCUCCCAGUGCAGAGGUGGGGCCUCAGCACCAGGAUAAAUCCUGCCUGUCCCUGCGUGCAGCAGGAAUGAAGAAGUGCCUUCCCAGUGCCCCUCUCCCAGCACUGCCUGAUGAGGCAGGAGCAGGUGCUGAAGCCAGGAGCAGAUGCUGCUGCUGGGGUGGGAAAGGGGCACCCAGUGCCCGGAUCCAGUCACUGCCCUCCAGGUUGUGCCUUAGACAAUUUUUCCUGAUAAACAGCGGAAUCUUUUUAAUGCCCUUUUUUAAAAGGAUUUUUUUUAAAUCAGCCUUGACCACCGCCAGUUCCUUGUGGCCGAGCCAGUUGCUCACUGUCUGUCCUUGCUUCCUUCCUCCCGUUUGACCUCUCUGGUCACACAAAACCGUGGAUGAGCGUUCCUGGUGCUCUGAGCUCAGCUCUCCGUGGGGACUGUGUCGUGGUGCUCCCUGUGCUCACAGCCUGGCAGGGGAAGCUGGCCUGGGAGGCACCUGAGAUCUCUGAGGAAGAUCUGAGCAGCAAGAAAAAACUGGGGAUGCCAUCCACAUGCUAUGGAGUAUCUUCCUGCCUGGCAGGAUCGGAUCCCCCUUCCCUCUGCCUGCGCUCCUCCCAUCCCGAAGGCAAAUCAAAGGCCAAACAGCCAAGUGGCCACGUGAGGGGGGUCUGAGCAGCUGUAAACCAGGUGAGAGGAGGCUGAAGCUCCUGCCCCCCUCUGUACCUGCAGCCCUGUGUGGGUACAGGUGACCCGAUUCCCUCCGUGCCAGCGGGGUGGGGACAGUGGCUCUGGCUGGGGGACAGCAGGAAAGCCCUUGGGCCCCCCCAGCCCUUUGGGGAGCUGAGAGCCAGUGCCUGGUGCUGCUCCCAGCUCUGGCUGGUGGAAAGUUACCCCAGACUUUACCUCCUUCCCCGGCCUCAGCCCGAGCUGGACUUUGCCGCUGUGCCUGAAGCUUUUCCACUGCCUCCCUGGGCCGGGAGCGGGCAGUGAUGCAACCCCGGAGCCUCACCCGCUGUGCUGCACCCCGAGCAUCCCCCUGGGAGCCCCACGGCCACCUGCCCCUGCCUCAGGUGCUCCCUGUGGCCAGCGGAGCUUUCCCAGGGAAAGGGCUGAUCCCACUCCACCUUCCCGGGCGGGAGGUGCCAGCAGAGGACAGUCAUGCACUCACUUGUUACUCCAACGACCUGAAUUUGUGAUUUUUGUACCUGUCCUUCUUUAGUAGCUGCCCCAGAUCCGGUCAGGAUGUGUUCCCAAUGAACAGGAACCAGCGUUCCCUUCUCCUUGUGCUUCAGUGUUAAUGACAAACGGAUCUGUGCUCAGCAAAACCGACCAGCUUCCCCUUGUCAGGGUCGGGAGCGACACCGCCAGCUCCGAGCUGCUGUGCUGGGGCCACGGCACAGCGUCCAAGCCUUUGGGCAUGGCUGGAAAACAGCCUUGCAAAAAGGCCUGUUGGGUGGGUUUUUAAGUCAUUUUUUAAAAGUAUUUGGAGCAAAGAGCCCAAAGCUUGUGUCAUACCCCAAGGAAAUGCUGCAGCCCCCGUGGUGGGAGCCGACAGCACCUCAGCACCUCACCUGCUCAGGCCCUCCGGCAGGGACCUGGAAGCCAAAAGCAAUAUUCCCACUUUGGGUUUUUAAGGAGUGAAGUAGCACUGUUGCUGCUCAUCAUAAAACAAUUCAACAUUAAAAAACCCCUCUGUGGUAAAUCCAAGUGGUUACAGCAAACACAGAUGUUGUAUUAUCCUGUUAAACCAGCGCAGUGUCCCGAUUACCUCUGAUUAGAGUAUGUGGGCCGGGGGUUUUAUAGUGUAUUUAUUGAAGACAUGAGACUGGAAUUUGUACUUCAACUGAUGCCUCUCAUGAUUUAAUAUAUUCUGAACUCGAUAGUCUGCUACGAAACACUCACUUUUAGUACAAAUAAAUAUUUAUACACGUAA